AUGUGGCCCCUUCUCUUAGUCAUUGCUGUGGCUGGAUCCACUGGUUUCGCAACCAAACGCUUUCUUAGUAGUCACAGGAACGCCGGUGAGGUUGAACACGCUUAUCUCCACGAUCCAAGUGCUUUUAGCUUUUCCAGUUCUGAAAGCGCUUCUCAGCGUGAAGGAGUCUUCACGUUUUCAUGCUCCAAAUGUCUGACACAGCAGGAUGGACCUAAGAGUAGAAGAUCCCGAGCCUCCAAGAACGGAGUUAGGGCUCCGAAGGUUGACGUGCGAUCGGAGCAGAGAAACGGUAGAAAGAGAGUACGUUUUGUCUUGAAGAAGAGGGAAAUUGCAAAGAAUGUAGCUGCCCAGGCUCCGUUUUGUUCUUUCAAAGAUAACUCUUUGUUUGGUUGGGGACUUUGCUUUGGCAUCAUGUAUAUGAUGUCGGCUGGAAAAGCUGAGAUCAAUAAGCUGAACAAGACCAUGAACGAGACAGUUAAACUCGUUCAGGAACUGAAAUCUGAGGUCAACAGAAGAAAAUCGUCAUGUGAUUUUCAAAAUUUGGAUUCUGUUGUCAAUGGUGUUAAGAACUCUUGCAAAAUCAGAGGCAGGAAUGAAGCAAUGCACAAGAAUACAAACAGUAAGCUCAGAGACACUGGUCUCAAAAUUUGGAUUCCUGCUGUAAAUGAUUGUGGUGAAUGUGGGAGUAGUGCUCUGACUGAAGAACCAGAACCGCAGGUUCUGGAAAUGGAUCAACUGGAAGCAGAACUUGAGUUUGAACUCCAAAAGCUUUCUGGGUGUACUACUGGCGGACCUUGCUAUGAAGAAAUAAAGCCAAACAUAGAUGAGUUUGAAGCUCCAGAUGAAGGCUAUCAUGGAACAGAUGACUGGAAUGUAAAUUGCUCUGAAUCUCAUGGUGUGUCCGCUUCCGAACUGCAUCAGAAAUUAAGCCACCUACUGAUGAAACAGCAAGAAAAUCAGAUCAUGGAGCUAGAAUCUGAACUGCACCAAACUCAAUCAAAUCUUCAUGAGAAGGAAGCUGAACUCCAGGCACUCAAGAACUGUGUCAAACGCCUUACUGAGCUCUCGCUAUCCACAGUUUCAGAUGAUGAAACUCAAGCUCUCACUGAUCCAAAGGGAACAAGCGAUUGUGGCAACCAUAACAUAGAUUUUGAGUUGAAGCAUUCAGUUGUUGGGACGAAAAGACCUCUUGAUUCUGAAUCUUGCUCGUGUUACAUGUAA